CACAGUCGAAGGGCCAAUCGUUGUGGUCAGAGCAAAUCCAUUGUUCUCGUUGCAGAACAGCCGAAAGUGUGCCACACCCUCAAAAAAAGCAUGCCGCUCCGUUUCUUUUACUGAUUACCCGCCGAGCCAGUUUCCUUCGGACCUCGCCGCCCGGUAGAAGUGCAUGACUGAUGUGCCGGAAGCAUCACCGACGGGAAAGCGUCGAAGCAGCCCGCCGGAGAAUCAUCUUUCGAAAGUCCUUAGCGAUGGUGGGAGUUCUGAAGCGGUACCUGAUGCCAAGCGGUUGCGACGGGACGCAGGGCAAAAACCAUGGAUGGAGCCCCUAAGUUCUGCGGAGGAGUGCGAGCUGACUCGUUUUUUGUCAACGGAGUAUCAACCGUCGCCAGGGAGCCCGCGCCGAGUGAUCCACUUCUGCGAAAUAGGGACGAGCAACUACAACACCAUCAGCCACGCGGUGUUUCCGUUGGCAGACGGGUCCUUUUCUUCGUGCAGCACUUUAUGCAAGGAUAAGGAAAAAGUUUUACGGUGACACACUUGCUGCAGCUUCAGCAACACAGUGAGUGCUGUCCUGCAUGACAAAGAAAACGCGUAAUGCGGAAAUCACGAAAAAAAGCUUUCACAGAACGAGCAUCGCAAGCAUUUUCGACAUGACAAAGGUUUUAUCUCUGUUGCUUGAGCUUGUCCCGCAACACAAUGUGUAACUGUAAGACUUUUUCUCACGAUAAGCUGGAAACUAUCACUACUACAAAAAGUGGCACAGGUGGAUGCGGGAGCCGGCUGAGAAUAUCUAUGGGCUGGCGGUUGACGUGAUCCCUUGGGUCCUGCAGGAACUACCGCAGCAUAGCAACCUCAACCUGGCCAAUGUGGCGAUGGUUGGGGUUCCGCGGGGGCGGGACGUACACGAGGCGUCGCCGGCAGAGGAAGACCGGCGGGGAGAGCAGCCCGGCAGUCUGCCGACAGGCAAGACGGAAAAAGCGCCGCAGUGUUCGGCCACGGAUCACGAAGCUUCGUAUGUCGUGGCGUUGGAGAAAUAUUCCAAGCCCGCCACAGUUAUCCUCUGCGGAUCUGUCUGGGUCCAGAUAGAGUGACGCUUUAUGCAAUAUGAAUCUUUUGCAUGACAAACUCAGAAAAAUGUAUUAACGAAUUCAAAAUGCAGCACAUGGCUCCACGUGGUAAAAUGCAUCCUAUCCCAAUUAAUAUGUGCGAAAAAUGCCGAAGAUCAGGCAUAAAGAUACGCUGUGUCCUGUUCUAGCUCUAGCUCUAACCAUUAAUUUAAAUUCAUGAUGAGAGAUUGAGCGCAGUGAGAAAAGCUAGCUGCGCCUGCGCCCACCGGUGUCUUUUCCUGCAGGGUUGCGCGAGGCUGGAGCCGCGGAUCAUGAUCGGUCUGCUUCCCGUAGGCAAACGGCAGGUUUAGGCCGGCGCUUAAGGCGUUGGUGAAGACGUUCAUCACCAGCAGACCACAAGAACGCAAAAGUUAUGAAGUGCUCUGCUCGUUCCUUCUUCCUCCUAACCUUUUCUUUCUUCUUCCUCCUAACCUCCUCUUCUAUUCUGCAAAUCUGUCAUGCUUAUUUGCCUCUCUGCACACAACUGCCCUCUCCUUCUUCUCGCUCAAGCCCUAAAUAUCCACUUCCAGAAUUGCACUCACGAUAGCAAGUUCCAAAGCACGAAAAUUCAUGCUUUCAAACCAGGAUCUAUUUUUCCUAGCGUAGUAUAAUUUUUGCUUUAGGUAUUCUUAGGUAGUUUACUUCAAAUGCUUUUAUUGUUGUAACUCUCUCAAUAGAGAUCCUUGCGGGGGGAAUGACCACGCUUCGCAUGAUAAUCCAGACCCGGAUGGAUUUGCAAUGCAUACCAGUCUACUUCGUACCAAAGGACAAGAUUGUGGAACUGGAAAAGUCGUGGCGAACGGGCUGCGCGUGCUCUCUCCAUCAGCGAGCGAAAUGCUGGACCUGCUACCACACGGGACAGCUCGCAACCGCUUGCGCCAGCGUGAACCAGCGACCCAGCUUAUCCCGUGUAAAAACGUAGCCACCCCAGAGUUGUCAUGCAGAUUUGCAAUGACAGGAACACUUGUAAUGCGCUUCCCCAUGAAAGGCAUUUCCAAUCGUGUUUCGGCAUUUGUAAUGCUGUGACCAGGAUGAGCAGAUGGAUUUCUGAUGCAGCUGGCCUUGCGAACCUGCACUACACUACGGACUGCAACUUGUGAUGCGUGACCCCCAAAAGUUCUAGGUUUAUGUUGCAAAAUCCCCAUCUCGACUCUGGGGUGGGGACGUUUUUACACAGGAUACAGCUACUUCUACGGGCGGUUGCAGCGACUCGGGAUAGUGGACGCCGAGAGUUCUAAAACGGUCCCUGCGGUUAGCUACACGCAGUUGCUGGCAGUCUACAACGUUCAGCGCCCGGAGUUGCUCCAGUUAGACUGUGAGGGCCUGGACUUCGACAUAAUGAGGAGCGUGCGCCGGCACUGUUUAACAUACGGCCCAGAAGCAAGGCCGAAACAGAUAGUCUUCGAAGGGACGUCUGGAAGGCGCUACGUAGAGGAAGCGACGGAACUGAUUCGCCAGUUUCUCCAGUUGGGCUACGUGCUAGAGUUCGAUCCGUUCUACGACGGAGACGACGAAGUGGAGGACGAGGAAAAAACCGGCGUGCGGAACAUCUCGCUGAUUCUCGACGGGCUUACUGUGUCCCAGUAGACGCAGCGACUCCGAACUUGAGACUGCGAACUUGAGUCCUUGAGUUUGUCGCCACAAAAGGCGUGCUCUGUGAAAGAUCAUGCCCAAGUUCCUCUGUGAAAGAUCAUGCCCCGGCACAAGUUUCUUCGCUAUACCUACCAGCGAGCUCAUCCGUAUUUCUUUCUUAUCAUGUCCCCAUUCGCAAAAAUGGGCUCCAGGCCGCACUCGCCUUGGUCAGUUCGAUUUUCAGUUUUUACGAUUAAGUAAGUACAGUCGAAUGAGUACGCCGUGCUUACGCCAUAAGCACGAAGCGAAGAGCAUAAGAAGUGAUGCGAUCAAUAAGGUGACCCGUAGCGCUGGCAACAUCCGCCGGAUAUGUCUCCCAUUUUUCGAAGUGUG